AGAAACGUGAAGGUGGCGGCAGUGUUAAUGCACAUCUUCAGAACAAAUAAAUAGCGACAUUUGUGUUUCGGCAUUUUAGCUGGGGAUGUUGCAACUUUUCUGAAGCCCUGGGAAAAGAAGACGUGGCAUAAGGCUCGCUUUUGGUUUCAUUAGUGCUGCUAGCUAUAUAUCGUAGCUACAUAAGAACACCACGGAGCGGUAGCUGGCGAACGGGCGCGAUCUGAGUCAAAAGCAAGGCAGCGAGCUGAAAACCACCGCAUUUCGCAGCGAAACUGGAGGGGGUGGCACUAGCGAGCCAUUCUGACCCGAAGCUUGAAUGAAGCCCUUUCUGCAUCUACCUGCGUCCAAAAUACAAAUGUUUUUCAUUUUUCCACAUUCUCGGUGAAAAUGCUGCGCUUAUUUUUAACGGGCGCUCGUAACAAACCAGGAUAACUAGUGGAGUAAAAAAAAAGGACGAUCGCCCUAAAAAGCUGCGCUGAGCGACAUCGAGGGAAGCAAACAUCGGAGGGUUUCGGUGGUACUGUGCACGGCUCACGGUGAAAUUCAGAUGGAUUUUUGUAUCUAGACGAUGGUUUUCUACGUAAAAUCACCGGGAAAGAAGACUCUAUCGAGGGGAACUAACUUUGACGACAGCUGUCGAUAGCUGAUUCACAAGCUCACCAGCUAACUGUUGCUAAAAGUAGCUAUUUGGGCUAGCUAGCGGAUUCUUUAGAUUGUUGCGGGGUGUCUUUUUGUUGAUCGAUGCAUCUCGGUGUGGCGGAGCCGAUGCGGGACUGCGAGUACAGCCAGAUCAGCACACGCAGCUCGACACCCAUGGAGUCCCCGCACAAGAAGCGGACCCCGAGGCGGAAGUGGCAAACCUUCCCGGGCCGGAAUAAAUUCUACUGCAAUGGGAGGAUUAUGAUGGCCAGGCAGACCGGUGUCUUCUACCUCACCCUGGUCCUCAUCAUAGUCACCAGCGGUCUCUUCUUCGCUUUCGACUGUCCGUUCCUGGCCUCCAGCCUCACGCCGGCCGUCCCGGCCAUCGGGGGCGUGCUGUUCCUCUUCGUUUUGGGGACGCUGCUCAGAACCAGCUUCAGCGACCCCGGCGUUCUGCCCAGAGCCACGCCCGAUGAGGCCGCCGACCUGGAGCGACAGAUAGACAUCGCUAACGGGUCCAGUUCGGGAGGGUACCGGCCACCCCCCAGGACAAAAGAGGUCAUCAUUAACGGGCAAACAGUCAAACUGAAGUACUGCUUCACCUGCAAGAUCUUCAGACCCCCUCGGGCCUCCCACUGCAGCCUCUGUGACAACUGCGUGGAGCGGUUUGACCACCACUGUCCUUGGGUCGGUAACUGCGUGGGGAAGAGGAACUACCGCUUCUUCUACAUGUUCAUCCUGUCGCUGUCCUUCCUCACCGUCUUCAUCUUCGCCUUCGUCAUCACACACGUCAUCCUAAGAUCUCACCGCUCCGGCUUCCUCAACGCACUCAAAGACAGCCCUGCCAGCGUGCUGGAGGUGGUGGUGUGCUUCUUCUCCGUCUGGUCCAUCGUGGGCCUGUCCGGGUUCCACACCUACUUAAUCAGCUCCAACCAGACCACCAACGAAGACAUUAAAGGAUCGUGGUCAUCGAAAAGAGGGAAGGACAACUACAACCCAUACAGCUACGGGAACAUCUUCACCAACUGCUGCGCGGCGCUUUGCGGGCCCCUCCCACCCAGUCUAAUUGACAGACGGGGCUUCAUCCAGCCGGACACGCCCCAGCCUGCCCCGCCCACCAAUGGGAUCACGAUGUAUGGGUCUACGCAGUCGCAGAGUCACAUGUGUGACCAAGACCAGUGCAUUCAGAGCACCAAAUUCGUUUUGCAGGCGGCGGCCACGCCCCUGCUACAGAACGAGCCGGUCAUCAUGGCCAGCGAGCCCCCCCUGCCGGCCCGGACCUCCCUGGGGGGCCACUGCACCUCCCUGCCCCUGGGCCAGCCCACCCCGCCCACCUCCACGCCCAACCUGAGCUGCGAGGCGGACCUGAUCCCCCACCAGGAGGGGGUACACCACCACUUCCUGACGCCCGAGGAGGCGCCCUCGCCCCCCGGCAUGCUGCCCUGCGGCAGCCCCCUGGACCACAGCCACACCAUGCAGUUCUACAGCCCCGCCAGCCAGGACUCGCUGCACGAGGACUCCGUCAGAGGCCUGGUCAAACUCAGCUCCGUCUGACCGGCAAGUCACCCCCCCCACCCCCCA